UAUUAAUCAAUCAAAAAAAUGUGAAAACAAGGAUAAAAGUGGUUGGAAAAAAAGUUUUAAGGAUAACUUCUGGAUGUUUUAGAAAAUAAGAAAUAAGAAAUAAAGAAAAAAAAAAAGCAAAAUGGAAAAUGAUAUUUGCAUUCAAGUAACAUGUAAAAUUUCGUGCGAGAAGCAACGAUAUGGAUAUACUGAUCUCAUCAAUGAAGAUGCCAAAUUCAAUAAUAAACCUUUAGAAAAUUUCAAUCGACAGUUUGUAUUCAGCGAGACGGAGAAUAUCGAUAAGAUUUUUCGGGAUGUUUUCGAAGAACAGAAUUUAUUAAAAUUUUAUGUUGAAGGUUUUGACAUAAAUAUCGUGAAAUACGGCAAGAGGAAUAUAUUUUACGAGACAGCUGAUGAGACAUCAUCCUCGUCCGCAUUUAAGACUGAUCGCAUUUCAACAUCUUCAGACACAUCAGAAUCAACAAUAGACAGCAGCACAAGUAGCAGUAGUGAGCAUAAUGAAGUGGAAACUGGACUCGUGCACAAUUUUAUUCGCUCAAUUUUUGAAGAAUUAAUUAGCUUAAGAGAUACUCAAUGUCUAUUCUCUGUCGGAUGGACGGAAAUUAAUCAACAGAAUCAACUCCUAGAUUUAUUAAAUGGCAAUGGCCUAAUUCAAUGUACAAUGUCGCAGCUUUUGGAAACUGUUUCCGUUGGCUUAAGGAACAGAAAUAAUACAAAUAGUAAUCACAAUAUCUUAUCGAUAGUCUUGGAGCAGCAAUCCAUUAAUAAUGCAACAGGACAGGCAAUUCAGAAAUUGUCGACUGUCAAUUUCUGUGAUUUAAAUUAUGGAACUGAUAAAGCAUUAACAAAUCAACUUAUAAGUGAACCAAUGAACUUUUAUUCUCAGCCUAUGCUGCCUCCUUAUCCAUAUUUCAAUUCAUCACCACCGACUAAUUUUGGCAACAACUUUUUCAAUGGAAAUUGCUUCCUUUCUCCACCACCAGUUCAGCAUAAUGUCGACAACAUGUUCUUUAAUGCAAACUUCCGACCUACAUUCGAUGUUAAUCCUAGCAGUAAUCUCGUUAAUCAACAAAAUCAAAGACUUUUAAGGAAUGCAGAGCUUCUUUUCUCAAAAUUGAAUCUCAAUGAUAUUGAGGAUGAUCAACGUAAGGAGAUACAGGAAUGGAUGUAUUUAAAAAAUGAAUGUGAUACUUACUUACCUAUAGCACAGACUCCUACAACAAUGGAAUUACCACCAUCAUAUUUUAGUAAUAUGAAUGCUAAUAUGCUCAUUAAUCCACAACCAUCUAUGAUACAGCAGCAAACUUCAUUACUCCCAAUUAUUGAAAUGGAUGAAUCUAAUGAUCAGCAUAAUGACGACGAAGAAGAAACCAACGAUAAUGACUCAGAAAGUGGCUAUAUUGACAUUAAUGAUCAAUCGAAUAAUUUAUUUACCAAAAUCUCUGAUAAAAUGUCCAAUUUCCAGGACAAAACAGAUGAUCUUGUAAGGAACAAGUGCAACGAAUAUUUUGAAAACAAUCCCAAAGUUAUUUUGAGCAGUAAUCAAUCUGACAGUAAGCCAGCUCAAGAGAAUCUCCAUGAUGAAGCUAUUGGAGGUCAGGACUUGAUGAAAUUGUCGACAAAUACAUCGACAAGUGAACAAUAUUUGGCUAAAACAGGACGAAGACGUUCGAUUCGUGACAAUAAUAUUUUGAAUAGUGACGAACUUAAUCUGAUUAAGAAAGCGGCAGCUGCAACUUCUUUGGAAACUGAUUCAAUUAAGGAGAAUGCUGAGAGUGAGCAGCUUACGAAAUUGGAUGAAUUGAGAAAGUCUUUGAAGAAAUCCAUUGCAUCCAUCGAUGCAACAAACCUUCAAAUAAAGGAGGUAGAGCAGACGAUAGCUUUAAAGAAAAAUUUGAUAACAGAUCUGAUUGAAAACAACAAGACCCGAGUAACAGCCAAGCACAAAUGCAACAAGAAGAAGUCAAAGUAUCAAUCAGAAUAUGAGAAAUGUAAGAAAGACUUGAGCAAAGCAAUAAUGGCAGGAAAGAAUCCACUCGAGAUUCAACGACUGAAGGAAAUGGCAACAAAAUUUGAAGAAAAAUUAUUAGAUCUGAAUGGCAUUAACGAAAUUGCGGCUGAAUCAUCGUCUAAUAAGAAAGUUAAACAAUUACAUAAAUCAUUGGAGCAAUCAAAAAAGCAACUUGAAGUAUUAAAUAAGGUACUUAAGAAAGAAGUUAAGCAUAAGGAAUCAAUUGAAAAGGAUAUUGCAAAACAAAUGAAAAGUAUUGAGGAGAAUGAGGAUAAUGAGUCAUACAAUAAGAAAUUAGUCGCUGUAUCUCCAUCUCCAUCAUCAAAUUCCAAGUUUAGUGAUAGUAAAGUCAAGAUUCGAGACGUUAAUGCUAGAAUCUCACAUCUUGAUGAAAUAUUAAAAGAAAAGUCUUCGAAUCUACAGCUUAGUGGAAUGCCUGGCGAGGAUAAGGAGAAGGAGUCACUAAGAUAUGAAAUAAGAAAUUUGAGACGAACACGAGACACAUUAUUGGAUCAACGUGUGUCAUUAUACAAGAAAUUAAAACGUGAUAAGAUGCUAACAUAUAAGGAAGAGCGUAAAAUGUUGGAAUGUGACGAGGCAAUAGAAGCAAUUGACGAUGUCAUUGAAGUGAAGAAUGAAUUGAUUUGCGGACAUAAGUCAAUAGACACAAAUGAGAAACUGGAGCGAGAAAAAGGCGAGCAGUUAUUGAUGGCAAGACUUAAUAAGUUAUCGGAAGAAGAAAUGAGAAUCUUACUCUAUAAAUAUUUCAUGAAAGUCAUAGAUUUAAAGGAAUCAUGUCGUAAACUCGAACAGAAUUUGAUGUCACUAGAACGUGAUAAGGAGGCAUGGGAAUGGCGCGAAAAGAUUCUAACGAAUGCAAUUAGACAAUCGAGAUUAGAAAGCGAAAGGAAUUUGAUAAUACAGCAGAAGAAUCAUGAGACACGAUUGAAUUUAUUGCUACGGCAUUUUGCAAAUGAGACGACAAAUUCGAGUUUAACUGAUAGCACAUCAAAUUCAGGAACUCCACAGCCUCCACACUUGCCUGAUUAUGAGGAAUUGAAUAUUGUUAAGGCAACAAAAUCAGCAUCACGCCAUCAAUACCAUCAACAGCAUGCACAGCUUCAUCAAACAGAAAUUGAACGUGACUUUAAGAAAAAUCUAUUUACGAAAUUUCACGUCUUUACACGUUAUCAUCAACAAGGCGGCACAUCGAAUGCAUUGGCAACAGUUGAAAGAGAUCAUAAUGCCAUCAUUCCACAUGAGAAUUUGAAGCAAUUGAAUGAAAAGAAACCGGCAACAAAAGUCACAAGGCAGAAAAAUAAGCUCAUUAUACAGCAAAAUGAUAAAUCUAAAGGACAUUAAUUCUACUCAAUAGCUUUCCAGCUAUUUCUGGAUAUUAAAUUUAUUUUUAUUCUUCCAAUUUAAGAUGUUUUUUAUUGUCUUCCUAUUUAAUUAAGUUUCAAGAUAUUUCCAACUCUAUUUUGUCUUUCUACUGUAAUUCAUAACGAUUUUUUUGAUUCA